UUCGUGUUCAGUUUUCUUGUAACUAUAAUUGAGAUCAUGGAGCAGGUCCGAGCUGUGGUGCAGUUGAGUGACAGCAAAACCGCCGGAAACCCAGUGCAACGCGCCGGAGCAGUCUUUACUGGAGCUUGUGCAUCCGGAAGGCGACAAGAGGCGUCGGCUCAGGGCUUCCAAUAUGGCGGCCAGGUGAGCAUUCUGGACGAGCACAGCCUUAGACUGCUCUACUGCCAAAACAGCUCCAAGCCGCACUUGAUCAUGUCCCAAAAGUUCCACUUUGAUGUGCUGAGCACGAGGGAGAGUGGCCAGGAGAUUCCCAUCCUUCUGAACACUCUCUUUGGAAAGCGGCGUGAUGGUUUCCUCGUCCACCUGAGGGCAAAGCGGGAGUGCCACCUUAUGUUGCUGCUGGACACCCUGGUGAUCCAGGUGAGAUCCGUGCUGCAAGCCGAGGGUCUUCACCUGGACCAGGGCGCGUUGAGGUUCAGGAAACUUCUGGAGGACGACGAAGGAAACAGCAUGCAAGUGGAGCGCGCCUUCGACGACCUCCAUGGCCUGAUGCUGUGGCUCCUGAAUCAGUACAGGAUGCGGGCCCAACUCAGCACCGGACCCGGUCACGAAGCCCUGGAGGUGGAGUACACGGUGUCCUCGGAGGAGAGGCGAAGCCGGUUCCGUGUCCGACUGUCCAUCCUUCUGGUGGCCAUGGAGGAGCUCAGUGUGGACUCCCUGCGAGGGCUUCAUGGCUACUUUAAUGAUGAGCAAGUUGAACCCGCUGCAGUUUCCACCGAACUCAUUGACUUCAUGAUGCAUGUGACCAACAGGAGUCGCGGGCAGUCAUUGUACAUGCCUGUAAUGUUCCAUGUGGUGUCCACCAACUCCCAGGUGGAUGCACAGAACGCCCAGCUCCUCAGUCUGGCCCAUCUGGUCAGCCGCCAGAGUUCCUCCCACUCUGAUUCCCAGCCAACAACCUGCUCCUAUGCCCACCUGAAUCGCUUGGAGAACCAACAGCAGGAGAUCCAAGAUCGCUUUAGACUGGUCCACGCCAGUCUGAUGCAGUACAUCCAAAAGGCGGAGCAACUGAAAAGCUAUCGGCAACGCUUCGACGACCAACUGGCCCAGUACGAGGAGCUACUUAAACAGACAGCCAAUACAGAAUUUGGCCAUUUCCUGCAGUCUUCUCAGGCGAAUCUGCACCACAUAAAUAAUUUGGUGGACAAGAAUAACUAGGGAAGGUUCUACUUCUACUAUGUGUCGUUUACUUCCUUUAAAAUGUCUUGUGUGUAACCAUCUGUACUUAUUUUAGCCUACAAUAUACUCUCCAAUAAUGAAA